GGCUGGAACCGUGUUGGGCAAUAGCCUCGGAGCAGGUCCUGCCUGCUCAUUUCCUCCCGGCGGGGGCAGCUCUGCUGACGAUGCUGGAGCGGGCACGGCCUCUGCUCUCCUGGCAGAGCAGAGCCCCGCCACUCCCCGGCGGGACAAUGGGCUGGGCUGGGUAACUCAGAGCCACCUUGCCCUGCCCCUAUCGCAGGAGAUCUGCAGAGCUGGACGGGUUCUGUGGAAUGGUUAACCCGAGGCAAUCUCACCCUGAGCCAAUCACAGGCAGCAGCAGCAAAUACCUGCAGGAUUAGAGCCACUGCUCCCCACAGCUCUGGCUCUCUGGCCCCGGGGAGCCUGGCCGGAGCCAGCGUGGGCCUCGAGGACACUGCCAUGGCGCUCCUGGUGCCCCUGGUUCUGCUCUGCCUGGGGGGGGCUGUGUGCCCGGGGCGAGGGGCGCCGGCGCCCAGCCAGGAGCAGGUGCUGCAGAGCGUGUGGGCCCUGCUGGCGUCGGGAGAAGGCUCUCUGCCCCACGCUGCCCUGGACUCCCUCUUAAGUAUCCUGGCGGCCCGUGUGCAGUGCCCAGCAGUGCCGUGUGAAAAGUGCAUCUCCGUGCCGGAUGUCUUCACGCUCGUGGGCAAGGCCGGGACGGGCGACGCCAACCUCACGGCUACGGAGCUCCCGCAGCUCGGUGCCGGCGUGCUGCUCUACCUGACAGACCCCGCGGCCACCUGCGCUGCAGUGAGGGGCGGCCAGUGGGUGGCCGAGGCCGGGGCCUUCCUCACCAGCUUCUCCAGUGGGAAUCCCGCUGCGGGGCCCACGGCGGAGAAAGUGGCGGAGCUGCUGGGAGGCAUGCGGGAGAAUUACAGAGACGCAGACAGGCACCAGCCGUGCCUGGACGCGGAGCACGUCCUGCAGAAGAGCACCGCGGUCUCCGGCCGGGUGGCAGCUGACGUGGCCGGGCGGGUGCUGGUGACGGUCACGUACCACGUGCUGCUGGGGGACUGCUUCCACGCCCUGCCGCCCCCCCACUAUUUCCUGGGGUACAUCUUCCGUCGCUACGGCAACGAGUCCCAGAACCUGACGCUGGCAGGCCUGACCGCACUGAUGGGCCAGCUGGCCUUGGGGCCAGAGGACGAGCACACGGACCAUCUCCAUGACGACGAAGCACACACCGAUCACCACGAGGAGCCCACGUCAGCUCCCCACGACAGCCAGCGCCCCGGCAACCACACAGCCCCCGGCGAUCACUUGGACGCGCACCACGGCGACACGGCCAGGCGGCUGACCCGGAGCCUCCCCGGGCAGAGGGAGCCGGACGAUGCCAGUCUCGUCUGGGACACGAUGUGUCUGAGCCCCGGCGACCUCCUGGAGAUUUACAGCCUCGACCCCGACGCAGGGAUCUCUGGCCCGGACUUCACCAGCCUCAGCCCGGCCCUGCUCCAGCAACAGCUCAGCGGGGCCUGCUCUGUCCCUCACCUGAGCACGCCCGGCGACCGACUGACCGAGGCAGAGAGGUACAUCUAUGGCUCGCUGGCCACGCUGGUGAUCUGCCUGUGCGCGCUGCUUGGCAUCGUCCUGCUCCUGUGCACCGCCUGCGCCAGCGCCUACCCUUACGUCAUCCAGGGCUUUGUCAGCCUGGCCGUGGGCUCGCUCACUGGGGACGCCCUGCUCCACCUCAUCCCCCAGUUCCUGGGCCUGCACUCGCACGCAGACGAGGGACACGCGCACGGGGCUGAGGAGGCCGGGACCAGGGACACCAUCUGGAAGCUGCUGGCCGUGCUGGGCGGCAUCUAUGUCUUCUUCCUCCUGGAGAAGUUCUUCAGCGUCCUGGGGAGCAACGAGCCCGAG